CAAGAGAAGCAAACUCACUUCACUAAAACAAUCAUGGCAACAACCCAUCAUCAACCAUUGCUAGACUCUCCCAAGAGAAAGCUCUGUCCCUGCGAAGCUCUCUCUUUGGUUCUCUCUUUAGUUGCCAUCAUAACCCCAAUCACCAUACUCACCACCAAGCUCUUCAAUCAAACCUCUUCUUCUUCUUCUAACCCUUUUUCUCUCUCAGCCACCCUUUGCCACCGUGCUCUUGACCAGUCCUCAUGCUCCGCCAUGGUAUCAGAACUUGCUCCACCUGAAAUAUUGAUGCAAAUGAACGGCGUCGAUUUAUUGCAGGCCUUCUUGAAGAAGUCUGAAUCAGGCAUACGAAAAACUAUGAAGACGGUGAGCAAUAUUAACCGUCAGAUCAACGACAAGAGAGAGCAAGCGGCCAUAGUAGAUUGUAUGGAGUUGAUGGAGGUGUCUUUGGGUCGGGUUAUGGACUCUGUGGUGGCAAUUGGGAAAAGGACAGCCGGGUCACAUUCGGAUGCCCAUUCAUGGCUCAGUGGUGUUCUCACCAACCAUGUUACGUGUCUAGACGGGUUAACCGGGUCGACCCGGUCCAUGAUGGAGACUGAGCUCAAUGACAUGGUGGCAAGAGCAAGAGCUUCCCUAGCUAUGGUGGUUGCAGUAUCGCCACUGGAACAUGAUGAGGUCUCAAAUUCAAAUCAACUUGAGCUAUCUCUCGCGAUACCGCGGCUUAACGGGGAGUUUCCACGGUGGGUCACUACUAGGGACCGGAAGCUUUUGAAGACAUCGCCGAAGGAUAUCAACGCUGAUGUGGUGGUGGCACAAGAUGGGAGUGGGAACUAUGGGACUGUGAACGAAGCUGUGUCCUCUGUACCAGACAAUGGCAACACUCGUUAUGUCAUCUAUGUCAAGCAAGGAACUUAUAAUGAAAAUGUUGUGAUUGGGAGUAAUAAGAAGAAUGUAAUGCUUGUUGGUGAUGGCAUGGAUUUAACCAUUAUCACUGGUAACUUGAAUGUGAUUGAUGGAUCUACAACUUUCGAUUCUGCAACUGUUGCUGCUGUUGGUGAUGGAUUCAUAGCCCAAGACAUCUGCAUCCAAAACACGGCUGGUGCGGUGAAGGAACAAGCAGUGGCAUUACGUGUCGGAGCCGAUCAGUCCGUCAUAAAUCGUUGCCGGAUUGAUGCCUACCAGGACACUCUCUAUGCCCACUCUAACCGGCAAUUCUAUAGAGACAGCUAUAUUACUGGCACAAUAGACUUCAUUUUUGGCAAUGCUGCGGUUGUGUUACAAAACUGCAACAUAGUGGCCCGAUUGCCCAUGAGUGGACAGUUUAAUGCCGUGACGGCCCAAGGCAAAAAUGACCCAAAUCAAAACACUGGAACUUCAAUCCAAACUUGUAAUGUGACAGCUAGCUUGGACCUUGAGCCCGUUAAAGGCACUGUAAAAUCAUAUUUGGGCCGCCCAUGGAAGGCCUACUCGACAACUAUUUUCAUGCAAUCAUACAUAGAGGACCAUAUUGACCCUGCAGGUUGGGCAGAGUGGGAUGGUGAUUUGAAUUUGAACACAUUAUACUAUGGUGAGUACAUGAACUAUGGUUCGGGUGCAGGCAUCACUAUGCGCGUCGCGUGGCUAGGGUAUCAUGUCAUCACUGAUCCGGCCGAAGCGAGCAAGUUUACUGUGGCUCAGUUGAUACAAGGAGGGGAAUGGUUGGAUUCCACUGGGGUAACCUAUACUGAAGGCUUGUGAAUGAGGCUUUUCCAUUUUCUUUUGUUAACUUGUCCUUUAUCUUCUUGACUACUAUAUGGUUCUCCAUUGUAGGAGACACUCUAGUAUCGUGGGUUACCUUGGAAUAAUUUGUAUGAUCAAUUUAACAGCCUGCUAUGGUUACAUGGUGGCUAUAAAAUUGGCACAAUCCAAUCUUGAGUUGAAGGGUUAUUUUGUAGGGCAAGUAUAAUUGUAUCGUUA